AUGAAUUUCAAUAUUGGAAGCCCAUCUGAAUCAUCAUACUCUGAUGCUGAAAAUGAUGAUGACGCAAAUCUAACUAAUGACAUUGACGCACUAAUCACCAUGAAUGCAAACAACAACAUUUGCAUGGUUCGCUAUCUCAAUCAACUAAACAAUGAGGCAGCUUAUGGAGGCCCAGUUCUUGGUCAUAGAACUAUCAACCACGAUCGUGAAAGUUCUUAUCACAAUUUUUUCAAUAAUUAUUUCUCUGAGAAUGCGCAUUAUAAUGAUUCAAUGUUUCGUCAUCGAUUUAGAAUGUCUCAAACUUUAUUUCUUCAUAUUGCUAAUGUUGUGAUAGGUCAUGACAACUAUUUUGAGCAGAGAAGGGUUGGCAUGGGAAAACUUGGGCUAUCCAGUCUUCAAAAAAUCACUGACGUGUUUCAACUGUUAGUAUAUGGCAUCCCAACAGAUGUUGCCGAUGAGUACAUAAAUAUAGGAGAGUCUACAACUAUUGAAAGUUUGAAGAGAUUCUGUCGUGCAAUUGUGGAGGAUUUUGCUGAGCAAUAUAUAAGAUCACCUAACGCUAAUGAGAUUUCUAGGUUACUCCAUGUUGGUAAAGAACGUGGUUUCCAAGGAAUGUUGAGCAGUAUAGAUUGCAUGCACUGGAAGUGA